AUGAAAGGAUUUCUGUAAAAAUUGAUGGGUUAGAUAAAAUAGGAACCUAAUUUAACCCAAGCUGGGUAAUUCUUUAAGAAGGUUAGUGGGACUAGUAGUCAGAAAUAGAAUGCAAAUAAUCCUCAUUUAAUAGAUAGAAUUGAUCAAUUGAAUAGAAUAAUAAUUUAAGGGUACUAAAGGGACUUUUUGAUGCUGAGAAUCAGAUAAGUAAUCACUGAGGCAUAAUUGGGUCAUAACAUAUCUCCGAAAGUCCAGGAUGCUUGUGAGGUUGUUCAUUAUGCUUUAUUAAAUAAUAUUCCGGUCUUGAUAUCGAAAGUAAAAUUGGUACAUCCAGAGUUUGAUUUAUCAGAUUAGAUCAUAGUCGAUGAGAAGGAAUUCGAGAAACGAGGAGAGGAUGCGAAUCCAGAGUUGAAAUCAGAUAUACAGGUGGACACUUUUGCAAAUAAGGAUUAGAGUGAAUAUUAUGACAAUUAAAGGAAUAAAUGGAAAGAGUAAUAGAGAAAGAAGAGAUGA